GUCUGACUCUAAACUAUGAGCAAUGAGGAAUCACAAGAACGACUCGGACAAACCCUUGAAAGUGUAUCGAUCGAAGAAAGUCCCCAAGCAAGUUUAUUUCCCCGAUCAAAGAAAGGUGGUUCGACGCAAGCGUAGUACCACGCAGGAUGGUCCUGAACUGAGACAACUCACAUUUCUACCCGAGAAAAUGAGAAGCGCCUGCGGCAUCGUCCAGGACUCUGAGGAUGAGGAGGAUGAUCAGGAGAUUGGAUUCGACGAAGAAGAGGGCAUGGGUCGCUCAAUACAAGAGUCGGCGCCAGACUCGUUGAAACCAGGGAAUAAUAUGUCGAAAGCAACAGCGCAAAAGAAGAAGAAGCGCCCAAGUGACGUGAUGGAGGAGAGCGAGGCAAGCUCGCAAGGAGAGAGAAGAAGUCCGCAACCAAAAUCGAAACGGGUCAAGAGAGCACCAGCGCCAAAACGCAAGACCAAAGCGCGAGCCAAAGCGGACGGAUCUCUCAAUGAGCUGUCCGAGCCUCUCUCCAGCACGGCCUCUUCGAAUCCGGAGCCUGAGAGCGUGAGGAGGGAAAGACGGAAAAGGCAAUCGACGAUGACACAACUUGUUGAUGGACGUCUACCUUGUUCACAAGAUGAAGAGCCCCAAUUUCGGCCGGUGAAGAGAGAGACUAGAUCUAGAGUGAGACGAGGUGAAGCUGGUUCGAAUGCUCAACAGCAGCGAACACUUACGCAGAUGAUCCCCGGGCUGACUCCCAUCGGUGUAAUAUCUGAUAGUGAGGAUGAUGAAACGGAGGAAGACGAAGGUCCUGAAAUGAACCUUGAUCAUGUAUCGAAGCCCUCGUUAUCUGACAGGUCUUUUGAGCUGGGCGAGCAAACCCAUCAGUCGGACGAUGAAAACCCCACCCGGGAUGAGACAAAUGGCGAAGAGGAAGAUAAUUCGUCCGAUGAUUACCAGCCUACACAAUACAUUGAAGCACCAGCCAAGCGAAGAACACAUUCACCACGACAAAGUCGCCGUGCAAUAAUCUCAUCGUCUCCCCCUCAAGUACAGACGCCUCGAAGACCCGCCCGGACAAGGUUCAGCCUCCUAGCCACUCCCGAGCGACGUAGGGUUGUCGAAAUACCCUCCUCGCAAUCACCCGCAAUCACCCCUUUGUCUAUGCACAAGACUCCAACUUCUGGACGUCACCCGCUGCAUGAACGACCUGCCAACGCCCCAAAUCCCGAUGUAACUCCGUCGAGGAGAAAACGAGUGGCCUUUGAAGCGCCCGUAGAGGACACUCCACCUCUUCCUUUGGUCAGGAAAAAUACAAUAUUAGAUUCUGACGAAGACUCUGACGAAGGUCUGGUCGAGCUCGAACCAGAAGUUCUCAACAAUGAGGUGGGCCCUGAUACACAGGCACUUAUCCAACGCUUAGAACGACCCAUUCCAGGGCGGAACAUUGGGUCAGAAACACAAGCCAUGCUGGACGAGAUUGAUCUUGCAUGCGAUCAUGCUGAAGAUGAUGCAAAAUGGAACGACCGUAAAGAUCGUCUUGUGCUGGAAAGUCCCCGCAAGUUGGCUCGGGAGAUGGCACCCCCCCAAUCAACGGCGCCACUUUCCUCUUCUAUAAACCGCCGUAUCAAAGAAGAGCCGCUGACACAGUCGCUUGGAGUUUCUCCAAUACAAUUGAGGCCUUCCAAGAUUUCCCCACAGAGAAGGAGUUUCAAAGAGGAGCGUGAACCAUCACCUACUUUAGUCAAAAGCGAACCCAAUGAUGACGGUGCACACGAAGAGCCCACACUAACACCACCUCAAAUCCAGGAAACUUCUGAUUUAGAUAACAAUUCGAUUCAAGUGCCUUGUUCUCCGCUCCCGAGGAGCCAUCGAGAGUCUCAAGGUACCGCACACUCCCACUCCAGUCGAGCCGAAGAGCAACUGCGAACAGAAUGGAAAUCCUACUCGCAAUACCAGAAAGCACGACCGCCGCUUUCAUCCAGCGCACGCGCAGUCCACGACUCUGACCCGUUCAGCUAUCAAGCCACCCCGUUCCGCAAUUCGAUACAACCACGCCCGCCUCCACCACAAUCUUGGGACCCUAGCCAGGCUACUACGGCCGAUAACUCCCAACCUAGCCCAAAGGCAACACCUAAAAAGCGGCAAUCAGGCCUUGUGGGUGCAGAUGUCUCGCCUCAUAGGGUUCCGAGUUCACAAAUCGCGGUUUCACCACCGGAUAGACCUCCUGUAUUGCUCAUCCCUUCGAGUUUCCCGAGCCCGAGUAAGAUGGGAUAUGGGGACUGGGAAAGCCCCUCUGGAGAGCGAAAGGAGAGUACGAAUUUGACUAAUGGGGAACUGUUCACUCAAAUUGAAGGAAUGGAUAGUGUGGAGGACUUCAGCAUACCUCCGCUGCCUCCUCUAGAGGAUGAUGAUAUGUUUGAAUGAGUAAUUUAAGGGCAAGAGAUAUGAAAAUUUCCGGGCAAGCGGUGUGAUUGUACACUCAUUCGAUGGCAUUUAGACUCUCCCAAAGAAUGCUCUGGAAGAACGGCAACUAUCUUCUUCCCUACAUGUUUUUCAGACAGGCCACACCAUGUAUGAAUUCAAGAUCAGCAUAGCACUCCGCAGCAAAAGGAGAUCAUUUCGAGCAUAAUCUAUCUUUCAAAUGC